AUGUCUUCCUUCCACAGUCUGCACACGCUCCGCCCUGUCGCUCGAAAGCUGCACAACGUCACGCGUCGCAGCGUCUGGACGUCGCAGCAGUACAUUGAGCGCGAAGAAAAGGUGGGGGCGCACAACUACCAUCCGCUGCCCGUAGUGCUAAACAAAGGACGGGGUUGCAAGGUCUGGGACGUAGAGGGGAGAGAGUACUAUGACUUCCUGAGCGCCUACUCGGCAGUGAACCAGGGCCAUUGCCACCCGAAGCUCGUCAAGGCGCUGAUUGACCAGGCCGAGACGCUCACGCUCACGUCUCGUGCCUUUUACAAUGAUGUGCUGGGAGAGUAUCAAGAGUACAUGACGACGCUUCUUGGUUACGACCGCAUUUUGCCAAUGAACACGGGCGUUGAAGGCGGCGAGACAGCUGUGAAGCUCGCACGCCGCUGGGCGUACGACGUCAAGGGCGUUGCAGAAAACCAGGCCAAGGUGAUUUUUGCUCAAAACAACUUUUGGGGUCGCACGUUGAGUGCCGUGUCCUCGUCGAGCGACAAGAACGCGUACGGUGGCUACGGACCCUUUAUGCCGGGCUUUAGCAGCAUUCCGUACAACGACGCUGAUGCAUUAGAAGAGCUGUUCAAGAAAGAGGGCAAGAACAUUGCCGCGUUCAUGGUUGAGCCCAUACAGGGAGAAGCGGGCGUCGUCGUGCCGCAUGACGGCUACUUGAAGCGCGUGCGCGAGAUUUGCACCAAGUACAACGUGCUGUGGAUUGCUGAUGAGGUACAAACCGGUUUGGCACGAACGGGAAAGAUGCUGGCGGUGGACUAUGAAGGGGUCAAGCCGGACAUUGUCGUGCUAGGAAAGGCUCUUUCGGGCGGUAUGUACCCGGUUUCGGCUGUUCUUUCCAGCGACGAGAUCAUGCUUACGAUCAAGCCCGGUCAGCACGGAUCCACGUAUGGUGGCAACCCGCUUGGCUGUAAGGUCGCCAUGGCGGCCAUGAAAGUCAUUGAGGACGAGAACCUAGCUGAGAAUGCCUUCAAGCUCGGCAACAAGUUCCGAAGCGAGAUGGAAAAGUUCGAGUCGAGCGUGCUGCGAGGUGUGCGCGGCCGUGGUUUGCUGAACGCAAUCAUCAUCAACGAGCGCCCGAAUCAGCCGGAUGCCUUGGAGCUUUGCAUGAACAUGGCGAAGAAGGGCCUGUUGGCCAAGCCGACUCACGGCAACAUCAUCCGUCUUGCGCCCCCGCUAGUAAUCAACGAGAAGCAGCUUGAUGAAUGCACGGCGAUAAUCAAAGAAGUCCUGACGGAAGCUGAGUCGUAA